ACGUCUACGGUUCCACCAUCCACAACACAUCUUGUCCAAGUCGGAGGACAAGGCAAUCUUAUAUUCUCGCCGACUUACAUCUCUGCACCAGUAGGGGAUGUAAUUCACUUUAAGUUCCUCAAACUCAACCACACACUGUCCCAGUCAUCCCUAGAGGACCCAUGCACUCCGAAUAACGUAUUCGACACGGGUUUUAUCCACUUCAACCCCCAAAAUCGCACCGACUAUGCUUUAGAUUUUCUUAUCCAGAAUUCGAAUCCCCAGUGGUUUUUCUGUCGACAAGAAAUUCCCCUUUCUCAUUGCCAUGCAGGCAUGGUUUUUGCAAUCAAUCCGGGAUCAAAUAUGGACGAAUUCCUUGUAAAUGCA